CACCUCCCCUAUCCCUUUCUUGACCGAGAACCGGUACUGACACCUCUCAACGUAUUCGGCAGGGACACACUUCGCAAGGCACCCAGGAACAUCAACACCCAACAGACCACCAUAGCACUCUGCCGAUAGACUCGCUUUUCCCGCCUCCAAAAUGCCCUCUCCCGGUCCCGAUUCUCAACCGGAAGAGAUGAACAGCUCCCAGCCUAGCAACGCAAGCUCGUCCGUCCCCGACAUCCCCAGUACUCCGAGCGCUCCCACCCCUACCUCCGCUAUCCCUUCGGUGUCCGUCAAAAUCCCCAAAUUCUUCAACCUCUCCUCAACCCCCGCAACCCUCAGUCUCUCCGGCAGCCUCAUUAACGGCCACCCUUUCUCCGACCACGGUGGCAAUGAAGAACUUGUCAUCUACUCCGGAAACGCGGCCGAAUGUCCUCGGUCGUUUAUCAUUUAUCUCGAUUUGACUGGCGAUAUGCACGGGGAUAAGAUAAAGAAGCAAGAGGAGGAGGAGAAUGAGGAGGAGAAGGAGAAAGAGGAAGAGAGGGAGAGGGAGGAAUCCGAGGAGCAAGGAGAGGAGCAAGAAGACGGGAAGGGUGAAGAGGACCGACCUUACCAGCAGCGGCAGCCCAUUCCCUACUGUAUUGCAUCAAGAGACAGCCGCAGCGAGAGACACUUGCAGCAUUUACGCGUAGAUGCAACUAGGAGUGUCUUUCCGUGGCAACCGUCGACACCUUCGCCGCUCGAUCAAACCCCACCGGGGUCGCCCGCUGAGUUGCCGAUUGAGGCGCCGGUUGAAUCGAAGUCCGGUUGGCCCGUUGAAGUGCGGGAUUCUGAAGACACGGACUCUUCCCAACCCCAGACCAACGACGCAGACCUUUCCUACUCGACAGACCCCUUCUCAACUAUUACAGGUGCUCCCCGUUCUAUUAUCUCCACCAGCCUGCCCAACCCAGAGCCCAAGCCAUCGAGACCUUCCAGCCGCCUGGACCUCAACAACACAUCCGUCGGCCUCUACCUCUGCGGUAGCGCCAUGAACGGCUACCCCUUCUCCGGCCGGGGCCAGAAUGACGGAUUUUGUAUUUGGUCCGGUCCCCUAGCUGAUUGUCCCCGGGCGUUCAAUAUCAGUCUUUGGCUGGACGACGAGUGGGAUGAGGACGACGACGACGGUGACGAGAAUCGAAACCAACUGCCUGGCACUUACUGCAAUAUUGACAAAAGCGAUGGCGGCGGCCCUUGGUACAGAAUCAGGCGAUGGAUUCAUGAUGACGACAAGAGAGUGCGGAGCCUCAUCAUUGAGUCGAUGAAGCCUGUGUGGCCUUGGGAGCCCUUGACGCCUCUUUACACCCCGCGCGGGUCGCAUUCGGGGUGGACGCCGGAGCCUCCGCCGGUUGGGAUGAAGAAUGGUUAUACUGUUGGUUGUUGGAGCAAUUAUCCGGAUGGUUUUUGGGGCACUCCCCCGGUUGGUGCACCGGGUGGUUUGAGGGCCGAUUCACCGGUGGGUUAUCGGUCGCGGCCCCGGGCAUGGUCUACUUGAGAUGGGUCGUCGGCGCCGGCGCAGAUGGAAGAAGGCAGAGAAGGGAAAAUGGGUAGAACGAGCCGAAUCUAGCAUCCGAGAGGACUGGAAGGUAUAUGAGGUGUAGGGAUAGGUAAGUAGAGGAAUAAAGCAAGCCAGGGAAGGAACCAAAGGCGUCGUAGCAUGAGAAAAUAUAAGCGUCUGCUUCAAGUUCCUGCUCAGGCCGUUCAGUGAUAAGGCUGAGGUGAACUGGCUGCCCCCAGGCCAUCAAAAAAUGUCCCGAGGUAUGUGAGAUGCGCGAUGAUCCGUGAUGUUCGCGGCUGUGAGGGUAGUAAAAUUGUCCCGGUCGAAUCGACAGAAUCUGGCAAGUCAUUGACCAGGCCCGCAGGGCUUUGACA